GACGGAGGAGCAGAGGAUAGGCAGCGUUGCAGUUGCACGACGGCCAUGUCGUCCUCGCCUCUAACCGCCACGCCCACCCCUCUCCUUCCCGCCAAACCCAAGGGCCCGCUCCUCCCCCACCUCCCGCACUGCACGAGCCUCCGGGCGCUCGCCCAGCUCCACGCCGCCGCCGUCAAGUCCGGCCUGGGCGCGCACCCGGCACUCGUCACCCGGCUCCUUACGCUCUGCACCAAGCAGGGCGCCGCCCCGGCCCACCUCGCGUACGCCCGCCAGGUGUUCGACAGAAUCCCCAGCCCCGGGGACGUCGUCUGGUACAACACGCUGCUGCGCGGGUACGCGCGCUCGUCUGACGGCGCGGCCGAGGCGGCGCGGGUGCUCGCCCGGAUGCUGGAGGAGGGCGUCGCGCCGGACACGUACACGUUCGUGUCGCUGCUCAAGGCGUGCGCGGCGGCGCGGGCCGGGGAGGAGGGCCGGCAGGCGCACGGCGUGGCCGUCAAGACCGGCGCCGCGGACCACGAGUACGUCCUGCCCACGCUGAUCAACAUGUACGCCGAGUGCGGGGACGCGCGGUCCGCCCGCGCCAUGUUCGGCAGGGUGCCGAACGGGGACUGCGUGGUCUCGUACAACGCGAUGAUCACCGCCGCCGUCAGGAGCAGCCGGCCUGGGGAGGCGCUGGUGCUCUUCCGGGAGAUGCAGGCCAAGGGGCUCAAGCCGACGUCCGUGACGGUGACCAGCGUGCUCUCGGCGUGCGCGCUGCUGGGCGCGCUGGAGCUGGGGAGGUGGAUCCAUGAGUAUGUCAGGAAGGCAGGGCUUGACUCCCUCGUGAAGGUCAACACUGCGCUGAUCGACAUGUAUGGGAAGUGCGGGAGCUUGGAGGAUGCCAUCGAUGUGUUCCAGGGGAUGGAGUCGAGGGAUAGGCAAGCUUGGUCCGUGAUGAUCGUGGCGUAUGCUAACCACAGCUACGGCAGAGAGGCCAUUUCGCUGUUCGAAGAGAUGAAGAAGCAAGGGAUAAGACCUGAUGCUGUUACAUUCCUAGGCGUGCUCUAUGCCUGUAGCCAUUCUGGCAUGGUGAGCGAAGGGCUACAAUACUUCGAUAGCAUGAGAGAGUAUGGUAUCGUUCCUGGGAUAAAGCACUACGGUUGCGUGACUGAUUUGCUAGCCCGAUCAGGUCAGCUAGAAAAGGCUUACAAGUUCAUUGAUGAAUUGCCGAUACAGCCCACCGCCAUCUUAUGGAGGACGUUGCUUUCUGCCUGUGGAAGCCAUGGAGCUGUUGAUCUUGGAAAACGUGUCUUUGAGAGGAUUCUUGAGCUGGAUGAUACUCAUGGCAGCGACUAUGUAAUAUUCUCGAAUUUGUGCGCCAACACUGGGAAAUGGGAAGAGAUGAACAGGGUAAGGAAGCUGAUGAAUGAAAAGGGGGUGGUAAAGGUGCCUGGCUGUAGCUCAAUUGAGAUAGAUAACAGGGUUCAUGAGUUCUUCGCAGGAGAUGGAAGACACCCACAAUCACAAGAUGCACGCCGAAUGGUCGAUCAAGUGAUUGAGCAGCUAAAACUUGUUGGUUAUGUUCCUAAUACAUCUCAGGUCUUCCAUGUUGAAAUGGGUGAGGAGGAGAAGGCCACAAGCUUAAGAUACCAUAGUGAGAAACUGGCAAUUUCUUUCGGGCUCUUAAAUACAUCUCCAGGAACUACUCUCCGUGUUGUCAAGAACCUUCGUGUAUGUCCAGAUUGUCAUUCGAUGGCAAAGCUUGUCUCUAUGCUCUUUAAUAGGCGGAUCAUACUCAGAGAUCUAAAUCGUUUCCACCACUUUGAGGAUGGGGUCUGCUCUUGUGGAGACUACUGGUAGAUUUUAGGAACACAAUAAUUGUUUCACUAUGCUCUAUCCUUGUUGUGUCCUUCAGGUAUGGUCAACUUGUAUAUGCAUGCGAAACUAACUGAUAAUUGAAGACUCUUUUCAAGUACUGAUGGACCUGAACAAUAAUAACUAACCCAAGUUUGUUA